UAUGAAAGGCACCAGUUCAUUUUAAACAUUUGUCGGGAAUGUGCGCACAUCGUAGUUAGUUGAAUAAAAAUGUCUCAUUUGAAAUAGAAUUUUAGAUUAUACAAAAAAAUUGAAAGAGAAAAAUUAUUCGAGUACCUGGUUCAGUAAAAAGAAUUUUUAUUCCGAGAGAAGAUAGCUGAAAAAUCGACUGGAAUAAUAAUAAAUAAUUCAACCUAAAAUUGCGGAUUAUUCGGACUACCAGUGAAGAUUAAUUUGCGGUUAAAAGGGGUUUCGUAUAACGACGCAUUUCUCAGCAUCAUACACAAUUAAACAAAUCAAGGACGAUUGGAGCCUUUCAGUAGAAGAAAAAAUCUUUUUCUCGAAUUUUUUCCUGUAAUUAAAAACAAAAAAUUAAAAUGUCAACCGUCGACAAAGAAGAAUUGGUUCAGAAGGCAAAACUAGCCGAACAGUCAGAAAGAUACGAUGAUAUGGCACAAGCCAUGAAAGCAGUCACAGAAACCGGCGUAGAAUUAUCCAAUGAAGAAAGAAAUUUAUUAUCAGUUGCUUACAAAAACGUAGUCGGUGCACGAAGAUCUUCAUGGCGGGUAAUAUCAUCAAUUGAACAAAAAACCGAAUCCUCAGCACGCAAACAACAGCUCGCCAGAGAGUACAGAGAACGUGUCGAAAAGGAACUUAGGGAAAUAUGCUACGAAGUAUUGGGUCUGUUGGAUAAAUAUUUGAUCCCGAAAGCCAGUAAUCCAGAGAGUAAGGUUUUCUACCUGAAAAUGAAGGGCGAUUACUACAGAUAUUUAGCUGAAGUAGCAACAGGAGAAACACGAAACACUGUCGUAGAUGAUUCUCAAGCUGCAUACCAGGAUGCCUUCGAAAUUAGCAAGGGCAAAAUGCAGCCAACACACCCCAUCAGAUUGGGACUUGCACUUAAUUUUUCAGUCUUCUAUUACGAGAUUUUAAAUUCACCAGACAAAGCAUGUCAGCUGGCAAAACAGGCAUUCGAUGACGCGAUAGCCGAAUUGGACACCUUAAAUGAAGACUCCUACAAAGAUUCAACCUUAAUCAUGCAACUGCUGAGGGACAAUCUGACAUUAUGGACAUCAGAUACACAAGGGGAUGGCGAUGAACCUCAGGAACCUGGUGACGCAAUCAACUAAACUGAAAAUUAAUUGAAGAGAAAGAAAGAAAAAUUGAGAAAAAAAAUACAAAAAAAAAGAAAUGAAAAGAGAAAAUACACAUACACACUCACACAUACACACAAAAGAAAGAUGAAAAAAAAACAUGAAACACACACACCUACAACAUUGUUCCCAUUUUUGUAGUGUAAGAAAAACGCGCUCCGUGUUUAUUUUUUCAGAUUAAAAACUUUUCCCGAAGGAAUUUCUCUAAUCGAAAUUUGCGCAUUGUAUCGAUGCAUGUCAAAUACAUUGCGGGAAUUUGGCAAACUAAACAAAACAGAAGAAAAAUUCUUUGCGAAAAGUUUUUACAAUUAACGAGUUUUUCUUAGACUAUAGUUUAAAAAAAAAUAAACAAAAGGAAAGAAAGAAAAUAAGAAACAACAAAAUUGAAUGAAGAAACAAAAAAAAACAAAUUCUGUUUAGUAUACCACACCACCCAAUUUUAACCUUACAAUUUCUACUAAAUUACAUCUUUAAAAGAAAAAACAAAAUGCAACAACAUUUUCGCGCCUUUUUUUGUUUAAAAAGAAUUUCAUUUUAUUUUAAUUUUCAUUCUAUCAAACCAACUUUUUUUUUGUUAUGUGUAAUUCUCAUAUUGAAAAUAAAAUUCGUUUUUUAAAUUCUUGUUUUUAUUUGCGUUAAAUGCAAAAUUGUUACGAAGAUUUUUUUGUUUAUUUUAUGUUUUUUUAAACACACACUCUCUCACUCUCUCUCUCUCUCUGUCAUCUUUACUUUUUUGUUUGUACUUGGAGCCUCUUUUCCCCCCACCACCACUUUCGGUUCGCGCUCUAAUCGUUACAUAUUCUGUGAUUCUGUUGAGUUUUUUUAUUGAUAUUAUAAUGCCCCCCAGCGCCUACACCCCCAAAACCGAUUCAUUCAGAAGAUUGUCGAGUGCAGAAAAUAUACAGUAAAACGAUGUUGAUGAAUAUAUAUAUUGAAAAUUGAUUAUAUAAAUAAGUUUUUUGGACGGGAGAAGAGGAGGAGCAGCUAAUGGAAAUAAUUAUUUCAAUUCCCCUAUCGUAAAAAAAAUAUUAAAAAAAUCUAAAAAAAAAUAUAAAAAGAUACAUUGUGCAGCAAAUCUACAAGUAUUAAAAAAAAAUUUGUACAUCAAAAAUAUUAUAUUAAUAUAAAGACACACUUUUUUUUCAUAAUUGUAAUGUUGUAUUUUGAAAGAGACAAAAGAAAAACGUAAAUUGAAGAAUCAAAAAAAAAAUGAUAUGAAAAAAAUGGAAAAACUGUUCUUUGUACCCACAACAAAAAAAAAAUGUUUUCAUUAACAAUGAAAGUAAAAAUUGAUCCUUUUUGAGCUUCAUACGCAAAAAGAAAAAGAAA